AUGGUUCAUACUGGGGAGCAACCUUUUAAGUGUGAUACAUGUGGAAAAAAAUUUAGUGCCAAAUCCAAUUUGAAAAAACAUACAAUGGUUCAUACUGGAGAGCGACCUUAUAAGUUGACUACUUCAGCUUUGGAAAGUUACAAAAAACUUAAAACGUCCACAAAUUUGCAUUUCACCUAUUCUAAAAGAAGACGGUUCUUGGGCCAAAAACAACAUUGA